AUGCAAAACACAAAAACGGGGGAUUUGAUAUUUUUCGCAAUUGUCGACGACCGUCUUGGCCUCAAAGAGGGCACACAAGACCAAAAAAUCCUAUACUAUAACUCAAUCCUCCCUUUUGACACGUUGGUCGUCAACGUCGGUCAUAUGCAAACCGUGAUGGGUAUCUGUAAGCAAUUUAAGGGGAAGACCAAAUAUUUCAAGACAAAGCUUACAAUCACCUUCUUCGUGUCGCCGAAAGACCAUAUCUAUUUCAUGUUGCGCGUCGGAAGGACGAACUCGACCGAUGUUUUCUUCCCAUUUUUGUCCCACUUAUCAUCCCUCUAUUCCAUGUUGCAAAACGACGAGUAUGUGGCUUCGAAGAAAAAGACGAUGUUUGACAUUUUCGACCCGAUUUUUGAGAACUACUCCUUUUCCGAGAUCUUGACUUUUGACUUUAAUUUUUUCAAGAUGGCGACACUGACGUAUAAAUCAUAUUUAUAUUUGUCCACAAUAGUAGAGCGAACGAAGCAAAAAUAUCAAUAUAUAACCAACUUUUUCAUCAUAUAUGGACGAACUAUAUUAUAUUCAGAUUUGUCUCGGAACGAUACAUUAACGCUUUACUUGUUACUCUCACGAAUGAUUCAGCCGGAACAAAAGAUGGUGGGUUCCGAGUUAAGUAGUUUGAUAGUGAACCCAGACCAAGCUGGGUGGAUCUUAGAUGACUCUUCAUUAAUCCCGUUUUUCUUAGAACAUGGCAACGAGCGAAGAAAAGUGUAUUUGGGGAUGUAUAACUUAAUUAAAGAAGACCAAAAAAUGUUAUUUAUCCCAAUUUUUUCGCAAUCAGUCAGGGAAUUUUUUACUGAAUUUGAUUGUGAAGUUUUGUAUGAAAGAGCUUUAAAGGAAAUGAUAGAUUUUAUGGGCGACGCAAAUAUCUUGUUUGAAAAGACCGAAAUGCCACUGCAUCUGCUACUUUCGUUUUCGACGAAUUGCCUGAAAACGAAUCUGACAAUCAAAACGAAAAGUAAAGACGAAUUUGAAUUUGUGUUGUUCAUCAGAGAAAUGGCGGAAAGGAUUUCGUUUUGUGGAGGAAAGAUGGGAGAGGUUUGGAUUAAUUCUUCGAAAUUUCAAUGGGUCGCCGCACGUUUUGCUUUGGCAAGAGAACUUUUUGUAUUUUCAAAAGGAAGAACUGAAUUGAAUUGUUUGAAAACGCUGACCGAACAAACCGGGUUUUUAUCAUCAAGUUUCUAUUGA